AAACCUAUGUAGCAUCUUUGGUUGUAUGGUCCAUCAUUCAUAAGUCGUAAUGUUUGACUGGUAGUACGUGCGAUUUGACAUUAGAGGGUGACAUCAGGUCUUUACUGCAUGUUUGUACUGGUUCAACAGCACGCAUACUUACUCCCCGCUGCUAAUGUGACUGAAAUAUGAGUGUUUGGAUAAAAUGAUUGAGCCUUCCGAAUUACAUGUUGCCCCUGGCACCGCUACGCUUAUUGAAGAACUUGACAAAAAGCUGAUGGUGCUUCUGCGAGAUGGAAGGACCUUGAUUGGAUACCUGCGCUGUGUCGACCAGUUUGCGAAUCUCGUCCUGCAUCACACUAUUGAGAGGAUACAUGUUGGCAAGGACUAUGGUGAUAUUCAACGUGGUGUUAUCAUUGUUCGUGGUGAAAAUGUAAUCCUGCUUGGAGAAAUAGACCCAGCUAAAGAAAAUGACCUCCCACUGAAUAAAGUAUCUGUAGAUGACAUCCUUGACUCACAGCGUCGUGAACAAGAGGCACGUCAGGAGCGAGAGAGGCUGCUGGCAAAAGCACUAAAAGAGCGUGGCUUGCAGUAUAUUCCGGAUCUCAGCCAUGAUGACAUGUUCUGAGGCCCAGCUAGGGAAGCAUCAAUGAAUGAGCUGGUUAACAUUGAAAAUGUACACAUUUUGUACAAUAAGAAAAACUGAAGCAUUUAUCCACUGCUGAAGAUGUGGACAGAAAUGGACGGAUGAACUUUGUCCAGAGCUGAUUAUUUUUGUGCAAGUAAUUUUUUUCUUUUUAGGGUUUCUACACAGAUACGUUAAGAAUGACUGUAUUUUCUUUCAUUCAUUUGAUACUGUGAUAAAGAGAAUGCAAGCUGUGCAAAAUUAUGAAAAUGUUUUGUAAAAUAAACAUAAUGAGUCUCA